AUGGAUAGAUACAUAAGAAAACUUAUAGUUGUUGGGGAAAAUGGAAACGGGAAAAGCUCAACAUGCAACACACUUCUUGAAAAAGAGAUAUUUGUCGGAGCGAAUAGAGCACGCACCGCUCGAUGUGAAACCUGCUUUAUCCAUAUGGGGUCAGUUAAUGUUUGGCUGGUGGAUUCUCCAGGGAUGUUUGAGCCAAACAGUGUCCUUGCAGAGCGUGCAUUGGAAAUACAAAAUGCAGUUACAGAGUGUAAAGAGCCUCACGCUUUUUUAAUUGUGUUUAAAGCAGACGCACAGACGGACGAACGUAUAAUGCAAACUGUUGACAUGCUUCGUCUUAUCUUUGGACAACAGGUCAUGAAACACGCAAUUAUUGUAAUAACGAAUGCAGCUAGGUUCAGGUCUGACGCAGAUUUUCAGAAAUUCUACCAGAAUGGUAAACUAAAGGAAAUAGUCAAAAUGUGUAAAGGGAGGAUUGUUAAAUUAGAAAAUAUAAGAUGCUCACCUGAGAGAAAGAAAGACAUGGUUGAUGAUAUAUUUGCGGUAGUUGAUAAAGUAUCAAGAAUGGGAAAACAUUGUUUUAGAAACAGUGACUUGGAUUGUCAUAAGCAAAUGCUAGAACAGCAUUUAGUGCAGGUAGAUGCUUCAAAGCCGAUAAAUGAGCAAAUAGAAUUGAUGAAAAAACGUCUUCGGGAGCAACUUCCAUUGCAACAAGGUGAAAGUGGUUACUAUGAUGUAGUAGAUGGUCACUGA